UUUAUAUUCGUUUAUAUUUUGCGAGAAUGAAGGAUUUGUCUGCCAGAGGUGUAUUUCAGAUUCCAAUUGUUGCAAGAUCUUUUAUCGAUCGAAGUGGUUCAAAAAACGCAUCCCUGAUUCAUUAUCAACGUACUAAUGUUUUGUUUUUUAUUGUUCCGACGAAUGGCGACAUCGAUUGGAUCGGAAAAGCUUGGUUUGAGAGGUAACCAGCCAUUUACCGUCUUCAUUGAAGGAAACAUUGGCAGCGGAAAAACGACUUUCCUAAACCACUUUCAAAAGUUUAAGGAAAGUGUUUCUUUACUUACGGAACCGGUAGAACUAUGGCGCGAUUGCGGGGGUGUGAAUCUUUUGGAUCUAAUGUACAAAGAACCGAAACGAUGGGCAAUGCCAUUUCAGACUUAUGUGACAUUAACUAUGCUUAACAUGCAUACACAUCAAACGGAUAAAAGUGUCAAGUUGAUGGAGCGUUCCAUGUUUAGUGCAAGAUACUGUUUUGUAGAGAAUAUGUUAGCGACAGGAAUGCUUCACCAGGGAAUGUACAAUAUACUUCAAGAAUGGUAUGAAUUUAUUCACGGAAAUAUUCAUAUUCAAGCAGAUUUAAUAGUAUACCUUAGAACGAGCCCAGAAAUAGUUUUCGAACGGAUGAAGAAACGUGCUCGCUGUGAGGAGAGCUGCGUACCGUUGAAAUAUCUGCAAGAACUACAUGAUUUGCAUGAAAACUGGCUCAUCCACGGAACAUUUCCAAGAGCUGCACCGGUUCUAGUACUUGACGCUGAUUUAGAUUUAAAUAAUAUUAGUUCAGAAUACAAGCGAUCGGAAACCAGUAUUCUGAAACCGAUUCUAAUCGAAAAUACCAAUCAACAUCAAAUUUUGACAUCGCCUAGUAAACGAACUAGAACUGAGUUGUAGUAUGGGAUAACAUUUUCUGACUAAAUAAUCGUAAUAAUUGUAGCAAAUUUUUAAAACUAGCUUAAACAUAAUUGACUUCAAAAAUGAGUUUUAGAAAUAAAUUUCGUUUCUCGUAUUUUACAUAUUGGAAGCAUUAUGAUACGCAUGAUAAUCAUUUAAAUUGUAUUCCUCACGAUAUUGUCUUUGAGAAUUGAUAUGGUCAGUUAUACGUGGUUGUACUGAUGAAUUCA